AUGGACGCAUCUCGACUCGUAACGCUAUAUCUGGGUCUGCUCCUCACUUUCCUUGGGAAUAUACCGUGUUUCCAGUCUGCUGCUAUCAUCUCUCCCUCUGCGCCGAGAAGAAACCGGGGAGCCCGGAUCUCUCAUCGGGACGGACAAAGGUCAUCCAAGAUCCUAAAAGACAUCCUCGGGUCUACGCACCCUAUCGCGGGCCAUCACAAAGAAGACCUAAAGGACGCUAUUGUGCCCCAUGAAUACAUGCUCUCCAUAUACAGGACAUACUCGGCUGCAGAGAAGCUCGGACUAAACGCAAGCUUUUUCCGCUCCUCUAAAUCUGCCAACACCAUAACAAGUUUUGUGGACAGAGGAACAGACGAUCUGUUGCACUCUCCUCUGCGAAGACAAAAGUAUCUGUUUGAUGUCUCAACCCUUUCAGACAAAGAGGAGCUGGUCGGGGCGGAAUUAAGGAUAUUUAGGAGAGCGCCCGUGAAUUUGCAGACUUCCCUGCAGACGACGGGCCUCUACGACAUCCAGCUCUACCCCUGCCGCUCGGACAGGCUGCUGGACUCCAGGUCUCUGGACCCGCUGGACUCCACCAAGGCCGGCUGGGAGGUUUUGGACGCGUGGGACAUGUUCAAAGCGAACCAGCAUCAUUACCACCAUCCUCAUCAUCACCACCACCAGCAACACUUCCAGCAGGGGAACCAGCUCUGCUUCCAGCUCCGCGUCACCCUCCGCAAAUCAGACACCGAGGUGGACCUGAGGCAGCUGGGGCUGGACAGGAGCGGUCGGUCCCAGCAGGAGAAGGCCAUCCUGGUGGCCUACACGCGCUCCAAGAAGAGGGAGAACCUGUUCAACGAGAUGAAGGAGAAGAUCAAAUCGCGGAGGUCGGCCGGCGAGAAGGAGGAGGCGGCGGCGACGGCGGUGGCGAAGGAGGAGGAGGAGGGGCUGUCACUGAGGGGGGUCAAAGGGGAGGGUCCCCGGCGGAGGCGGAGGACGGCGCUGAGCAACCGGCACGGCAAGAGGCACGGGAAGAAAUCCAAAUCCAGGUGCAGCAAGAAGGCGCUCCACGUGAAUUUCAAGGAGCUGGGCUGGGACGACUGGAUCAUCGCGCCCCUGGAUUACGAGGCGUACCACUGCGAGGGGGUGUGCGACUUCCCCCUGAGGUCGCACCUGGAGCCGACCAACCACGCCAUCAUACAGACGCUCAUGAACUCCAUGGACCCCAACAGCACCCCGCCCAGCUGCUGCGUGCCCACCAAACUCAGCCCCAUCAGCAUCCUAUACAUAGACUCGGGAAACAACGUGGUGUACAAACAGUACGAGGACAUGGUGGUGGAGCAGUGCGGGUGCAGGUAG